ACCAUCACACACAAGGGCAGCAGCAGCAUUGUAAAUAGAUCCGCAAGAUAUUGAUUUGUUGACUUGCGUCGUUUUCGGAGCCCAGUUAUUUGGCUUGUGCUCGAACUUCUUUCAUCAAAAAGUUCCUGUGUUCCAUCUUCGGUAUAAUGUCACCAGUUGUUAGGAGAACGUGAGUUAUCGGCACGCGAAGAAUUGUCAGCGGGAAAGCAGAAAACCAAAAAGGAUGGCUUCGGCCAGUGGCGACAAGACGGUCAACAAAGUCGCCCUGUGUUCGGCGAUAUUCGCAGGGUUCGCCUACGUCGGCUACUCGGUCGUCAAGACAGCUUUCUGCCGGAAGCUCGGCAGUAAGAGGAGAGACUCGGAAGCUUACAGAGGAGGCCACGAUGACCCGCUGGGCCCUCGGAUGUACUUUCGGCGUCUGUCGCAGACGACGCAGACAGACUGCCUACUUGGCAACCUGGAUAUGGGUGGCACCGGUAGAGUUAUUUUGCGCCCAAUGACCGUGCAAGACCGCAUCCGUGACCUGAACAUGCGCGCUCGACAAUUCACUGACACUAUGUUGGCCAUCCAAGGUGGGGCGGGGGUGGCCGUGUCCCCUAGGCAUGGACCCUGUCCUCUUCCAGGGCCCCGAAGCUUGCAGCCAUCACCUUGGAGCUCCCCGAGAAUUUUAAGUCCAGUGGACGUGCGACACUUCUUGGCCAGCCGCUCCACUGAAAACUUGUCGAUUACUUCAUGUCCACCAGACAUUGGCUCUCCAACAAGGAGGCGAUGGACAAGACGAUCUCUCAGGCGGUCAGGGCACAUGCUGGCUAAGAGUCCUGACGGCUUGAAUGAACACGAAGAACGAACAAGGCAGGAAUCUGAACAACUAUUGCAGGAUGAGGAGGCCGAGUUGAGAAUGAGACUUGAUUCACUCAGCAAUAGAAACAGGGUGAUUUCGCCCCAUGAAGCCAAAAGCUUGACUGCCCUACUGCACAGUACCGAUGAUGUUCUUCUCGAAAGGACAUUGACCACAAUUGGUGAUUGUGGAACUUUCCAGCAGAACCAGGAUACGUUGAGAGAAGCUGGUUGCUUGUUCCGUUUGCAGAACUUGCUCUCUUUCCCGAAACUGCCAGUGCAGCUGGCUGCUGUGAGAGCCCUUGGUAACCUGGCCUUGAAUGCUGAAAAUCAAAAAGAGCUUAAGAAUGCUGUUCCGAUUCUGCUGUCAUUUGUGAUACGCCAACAUCCAUCAGACAAACUGGUGCUCAGCACCCUACUCACAUUAACCAACAUCGCCGUGCUUAAUAACUGGCACGAAGAAUAUUUCCCUGCACUUCAUUCCUUUUAUGGUUUGGUGGACACUGGCAGUCCCCAGAUCAAGCUUCAAACGCUCAAACUGCUGGUUAAUCUCUCUUGCAACGAAGACAUGAUCCCCAGCCUCCUAGCCGCACAAGCCCCAAAGAGGUUGAUCUACCUGUUGGACCCAACAACGAAUGAUGAGAUUUUGCUUAGAGUGGUCACGCUGUUGGCAAACCUCACGGCAGUUGUCAAAGAGCAGGACAUUGACCCUUCGAUUGAUUUGCCACCAGAGGACAAAGCAGCUUCGCCUGAUACCAUCAGGUAUGCCGCCAUCUAUGGUGUCAACAUGGAUGAGAAGAUGCGCACCAAGGCUUUUGUUUUGAUGAACCAGCACCCAAAUGAGGAUGUACGGUUUAUGGCCAAGAAAAUGUACGACGCCAUCCAGCAGCCCGACUCCUGAGGUCGACCCAGCUGGCUGACUAGGGGACACAACCCCACAAUAGUCGUCACUCCAAGCGAAGAGUGAAAAGCAAAUAAUAAUUACAACUCAAUACUACUAAAAUAUAAUGAUUAUUUUCCAUUCCGUGCAGGAAGCUGUUGAUGAUUUGGAAUUUUAACGUGUUUAAGGGAUCUAUGAUCUAUUUUUGUGCGACUCAAGAAAAGAGGUUAACUUGAUUUUAGCAUUUAAUUAUGAGUCACUUUGUGGUUGUAUUACAUCUGACUGUCUAAACUCAUAGUUGCCCCACCAAUAGGCCAAAGCAAGCUUGUAGCUAUUUCUUAAAACAAGCACAAUGUAUUAUCAUGUUUGGGGAAGCCGUCAAAUUUGAACUGCGUUUGGUAUUCAGUUGCUAGUCACAAGAUUUCUGACUCUUAUUGAUGCUCAGCUGUUUAAUUUAUUGCUUCAUGAACGGCUCUAUACUUUGAAUUGUGUUCAGCUUCAAAGUGUUCUCUGAAUUUGCUUGUGAUUUUAAAAUAUAAAAAACUUGUUUUUAUGUUCCUCAAAUACAAACAAUAUACAA